AUGCCCAGCGAAUUUCAGAGCUACGGAAUCGACGACUUCAUGGAGCUUUUCAUGCCCAACAACCACCUCGCCGCCCUUGAGCCACUCCUCAAAGACCUGAAGAAACAAAAGGUCCUCGCACCGCGUGUCCGGUCUGGUGUUCGAACCACUUCCCCAUCAACCGGCCGUCCCGUCUACUCUCAUUCUCUCAGGACGUUCAAGACAUCCUUUGGUUCCUCUACGAUCAAUCCAAAACGCGUUCUCAAAUCGCUUCAAACCGCCUGGAACGCCGUUCGUCGGUCACUUCACCGAGCAAAGUCUGCUCCAGUCAACGCGUGUUCCAUCAGUCUAAAUGGGAGUCUUGGUGGCUGCGUUACCACCAGUCCCGAAGGUCCUAGGGAAUCCACCAAUGUCGUGAUGCCGCUGAGGUUCAUAACGAGAGAUCCGGAUCACGAUGAUGAACGCGAGAUAUCGCCCGGGUUCAUCGCGGACAUCGAGUCGAUCAUGAAGGAAGAUGCUCGCCGGACAUUUGUUCGUGGGAUUACCAUCGAAAACGACAUGCUUUCACUCUGGUAUGCAUCUCGAUCACAUACAGCACAAUCUGUUCCAUUCAGUAUGGUCAAUCACCCGGAUCUCGUUGUCGCGGCGUUCGCCUCUCUCAUAUGCGCGACGCCCGCUGGCCUGGGCUAUGACCAGAAGGUCACCCUGUUAUCAGACCAGACGUACGUCUACGAGCUUCCCCCAGAUACGGAAAGGACGACCCCCGCCUAUUUUAAGACAAUCCACCUACUCUCUGACCGCGAAGCCUCAAUACACAGAGCUCGCGUUUGGCGCGUGAAACGCGUCGUCUCCAAUUCCGAUCUGCGACGAGUACCUGGAACCCGUGACGAAGUGCUGAAGGACGUCUAUGUCGAUGAGCACGCGAAGACCGAAGCAGAUAUCCAGGAUGACCUGUUCCACGACAUCGCUUCAUUCGCGCGCAACGAGGACUGGCGCAGCCAUGUCCUCUUAAAGGACCUCGAGAAAGAGGACCUUGACCCGUUGGAAUCAGCCUUGGAGGGGGAGAACUUUAAGCACCUCUUCCUGCGCAUCGUUGCAAAACACCUUAACGAACCAGGAGAUCCGCUGUUAUCGGGAAAAGGGAAUCGUAGGCGUCGGUGUCAGUUUGUCUACGAAGAUGUCGCCACUGCCCUUUAUAACAUCCCCACACUUGGCGAGGCCAUCGAAGUGAUCAAGCACUGCGUCCUUGCCCUUAGGCUUAUGUUCUGUGCCGGAUGGGUGCAUCGAGACGUCAGUCCAGGCAACAUUCUUGCCGUGAAGCUUGAUUCGACCUCAGGAUGGAAGGUGAAGAUAUCGGACCUCGAAUAUGCGACCAGGUUUCCCCGCCAGUCGAGUUCUGAGGUGACCGGAGAUGAUCACAUUCGGGGAACGCCCUCAUUCAUGGCAUGCGAGGUUCAACGGGGGUCAUACUGGAAGGAGUCAAAACCGACGGGGGGUCGUAGGGGUCGGCAGAAGCAAUCGUCGACUGAAGAUGCACCGACUCACCCCGUUAUCCAUAGUUAUCAGCACGACCUCGAGUCUCUUUGGUGGAUCAUCCUCUGGCUCAUCGCGAUGAGAAGGCGGGAUGGCGCUGAUUCUCGAGCGCUCACAGAGCACCUAUUCCAGCAGACAAUGGACACCGGCUACAUCUCGAUGAGAUGGCUCUUUUUCAAAGAGGGACUCGAUGAACUCAGCACAGCCUGGUGGGCCAGCUUUCCUUCAAUAUUGAAGGACGACUUUCUACCCCACCUGGAUGACCUUCGAGGGGAGUUGUUGGCGUCGUAUACGCAGCGCAACGAGGCCAACAGCGUAAUGGAUGUGGAGUCGUACUCUUGGGUCAUUGGCGUUCCCCUAACAUUGUUCUUCGCCAUUGUUGACCAAACACGUGCGCAAUGGGGUGGUAUCGAGAUGGACCUUCGCGACGCACCAACCGACGACUCGCCUCCCACGCCUGCCCGAGAACAGGACGUUCACCCGUUACCACCACCCUCACACCAAGCCUAUCAUGUCGCAGCCAGGAAACCAAAGUUAACGAUAGGUAGACCUGCGGUUGAAAGGACUGAAGGCCCGCGAACCAGAUCGAUGACCAAGCGCAUGGCUGAAAAUCAGCUCGAUGCUUCGCGCGGUAAUCGUUCCAAGAGGCCCACCCGAUAUAUGUAA